AUGUCCAGCGAGUCUUGUGUGGACGGUUCCACUCCUAGAGAAGUGCUGAGUGAGAGAGAAAGCGAAAAGGUCUCCAAGGAAGAAGGCUCUGCUUUAGCACGAGAAUUCAACUGCCCCUUCUUCGAGACCUCGGCUGCCUACCGUUACUAUAUUGAUGACGUAUUUCACGCGCUCGUGCGAGAAAUCCGCAGAAAGGAAAAGGAAGCAGUCAUGGCGAUGGAAAAGAAAUCAAAACCCAAGAGCAGCGUGUGGAAAAGGCUGAAGUCACCAUUUAGAAGGAAGAAGGAUUCAGUCACUUGA